AUGGAUGCUAUUGCGGAACAGUUCAUCCUGCUCUCUUUGGGCCUGAUCACCAUCUUCGUCCGCAUUGGCGUGAGAUGGCGACAGGUUGGAGUUGCGGGAUGGCAAUUGGAUGAUUAUCUGAUGCCAUUUACUGGUCUCCUCUUCACAGCCGAGACGAUAGCAGCGUAUCUCGUUGGCGCCAAAUUCCAGGGCUUGACGAAUAGUUACAUGACCGACGAACAACGCGCCGACAUCGACGUCAACAGCGAAGAACAUUACAAUCGAGUAUGGGGAUCCAAGAUUCAGGUCAUAGGCUGGUCCUUUUAUGCUUGUAUUCUUUGGUCGCUCAAGUUUUGCGUCACUGCUUUUUACGGUCGUCUUACCUCGGGCUUGUCGCAUCUAAGAAUGCGAGUUAUCGUUGCAUAUAUCAUCCUCGGAAUUACCUAUGGUGUUGUCGCUCUUACGAUUCUGCUAUCGUGUCAGCCUUUCAAUCAUUUCUGGCAGGUUACGCCUGAUCCGGGAUUGAUCUGUCAACCGACAAAGUCACCGGCCUAUGUUCUAGUCGUUGUCAUUCCCAACAUCUUGACGGAUAUCUACCUGUUGUCUAUUCCCUUACCUCUACUCUGGGGCGUCAACAUCAGCUUGCGACGCAGACUCACACUCAUGCUUCUCUUCAGCGGCGCUCUGUUCAUCAUGAUGGCGGGCACAAUUCGAGCCGUCACAAUUCUCACAGCUGGACCUGAAGGCGCAGUAUCCGGUAGCUCCUGGGCCUGUCGCGAAACCUUCGUCGCAAUCAUCGUAACCAACCUACCCAUCAUUCAACCCUUGAUCCGCAAAGGCGCCAACUUCAUCGGUCUCAGCGUCCUAUUCUCCCGCGGUACAAAAUCCGCAUCACAAAGCCACCAACUCCGCAGCAACGAAGGAGGAAGCCGCUUCAAAUCCAGCCGCAGAACGAAAAACGACACAAACACAGGCCACCCGCUAACUACAAUGCCGCAAACUUCUGCAUGGGCCAGCGACGAGCAUAUCCUUCCGGGUACAAGUAGUGGGAACGGCAAGGGGAUUGUUGUGGCGCAGGAGAUUAGCGUGCAGUCCGAGGCUUUCGAUGAUGCGAAUUUGAGCGACGUUACCAAGGGUCCUGCGGUGCAUGAUUGGGGGUACAAGACAAGGGAUCCUUGA